AUGAACAAGGCAUGUCAUUUAUCUCUGAUCAUGCGACAAUCGGUGGGAUCAAACCAGUUAAUGGGCAUGACAUUUACGCUGCAUCUACAGUUCUUUUGUCGCAAUGUUCUGGAAUUUAAAGAGCAAGGAAAAGCAACGACAACAACACAAGUGCAUUUUAGCGAGAACAUCAGCGGCGGCCGCAAUCACAUCCAAAGCAAUGGCAAGAACAAUAACAACAACAACAACAACAACACGAACAAGAACAACGACAGCAGCAACCAUGCUAGAAAAUAUGUGUUCAAUGCAUGCGGAAAAGACAACGACGACAACGACAAGUCCACAAUAUUAAAAAUAUUUUUGAAGGUUAUUAACCUUUUACCUACUUUUCCCAAAAAACGAAAGAGUGAACAACAACAACAACAAUAG